UUUUAUCGACGCCUGCAUCCACACGGACACAUAUUCACAGCACACAGCACUUCAAAACACGGAAGUGAAUCGCCGCUCUCUUGUUGUUUAUGUUUUCGUCCUCUCAGCGGCUAGAAAAGUGACUUUUGUGAGACAUUAUGGCUGUGAGUUCCGUUCACCUGGAGUCAGACGCCUUCCUGGUGUGUAUGAACCACGCGUUGAGCACAGAAAAAGAAGAAGUGAUGGGUUUGUGCAUCGGAGAGGUGGAAGUCACCCGGAUCGUCCACAUCCACUCCGUCAUCAUCCUCCGCCGCUCGGACAAGAGGAAGGACCGGGUGGAGAUCUCCCCGGAGCAGCUGUCUGCAGCCUCCACGGAGGCGGAGCGGCUGGCCGACAUGACCGGCAAGCCGAUGCGGGUGGUGGGCUGGUACCACUCCCACCCGCACAUCACCGUGUGGCCCUCCCACGUCGACGUGAGGACCCAGGCCAUGUACCAGAUGCUGGACCAGUGCUUCGUGGGUCUCAUCUUCUCCUGCUUCAUAGAGGACAAGAACACCAAGACGGGCCGGGUGCUGUACACCUGCUUCCAGUCCGCGCAGGCGCAGAAGGGCUCCGAGUACGAGCGGGUGGAGAUCCCCAUCCACGUCGUGCCCCGCGAAGCCAUCGGUAAAGUGUGCCUGGAGUCGGCCGUGGAGCUGCCGCGGAUCCUUUGCCAGGAGGAGCAGGACACCUACCGCAAGAUCCACAGCCUGGCGCACCUGGACCCCGUCACCAAGAUCCACAACGGCUCGGUGUUCACCAAGAACCUGUGCAGCCAGAUGUCUGCGGUGAGCGGGCCGCUGCUGCAGUGGCUGGAGGACCGACUGGAGCAGAACAAGCAGAGCAUCGUGGAGCUGCAGCAGGAGAAGGAGAGGCUGCUGCUGGAGCUGCAAGCUCUGUGAGCCGCUCUUAUGUCCCUACUGGUUUCCAAACUCACUGGUUGCCGUACUCGUGUGUGCAGCUGGGCAGUGAAUUUUACUGUGGGGGCCAGUGUUUAAUCAGAGGGGCACAUUAGCACAUUAAAAAUGGCAAAGAUGAUAUUUAAGCGUUCAAAAUCUUUAUUUUAGCUUAUUUUAACAUCUCAUUUAAGUAUAUUUGGAAGAUACAAAUACAUUGAUUUAAAUAAUGAGACUCACCAACAAUAACAGUUUUUUUUGUAUGACAAUGACAUUUCUCAUUUUUGUAUUGUUUUUGUUUGUCACUUUUUCUAUUUUGAAAGUGCAGUACAGUCGGAAUGAUCUUUAUAUAUAUAUACACACACACAAUAUUUCAUUGAACAAUUAAACUAUUAUACAAUGUACACAUUCUGGGUUCCUUUUGUGUACAAUGAGAUAUUGUUUGAACAAAAAAAAGGUUAGAAUUGUUCCAUUGUUCAUCGUUAUAAAUUGAUCAUUUUAUUAUUAAUUUGACGCAGGGGCCAAAGGCUUCUUCACAGGGGCAGUGGCCCCUGCAGGCCCCUGUGUAGAACCGCCACUGCAGCUGUGUUCUGCCUCAGUGCCGCAGAUCAUAUUUACAGUGGCGGUUCUAGACCAAUCUUACUGCAGGGGCCAAGGAGAGGCGAAUGUUUAAUCAGAUAACAUAAAAAAAACGGCAAUGGUGAUUGUUAAGCAUUCAAAACUUUUAUUUUAGCUUAUUCAAAUCUCAUUUAAGUAUAUUUGGAAGAUACAGAUACAUUGAUUGAAACAAUGACACUAACAAACAAUAACAUUUAUUUUUGUGCGACAAUGACAUUUCUCAUUUUUGUGCACAAUUACUUUUGUUAUUUUGAAAAUGCCGUACUGUGAGAAUGAUCUUUUUUAUAUAUACAAGCUAUUAUUGCACAAUUCAACUUUUAUAAUGUACACAUUCUGGGUUCCUUUUGUAUACAAUGAGAUAUUGUUUGAACAAAAAAUAGGCAAUUGUUCCGUGGUUCAUCGUUAUAAAUGUAUUAUUAUCAUCAUCAUAUUAUUUAUUUGACACAGGGGCCACAGCGGGGGCCAAGGGCUUCUUCAAAGGGGCAGUGGCCCCUGUAGGCCCCUGUGUAGAACCGUCACUGCAUAUUUACAUCACAUAUUUAAUAACGUCACCCUGACCCACCCUAUUGAUAAUAACCAAAAUCAUUAUCAAGAAAACCAUGGAAAAUGUCUAGAUAUCAGCUCUUAAAUUAACCUCUUAUCAGCUAUCUUUGUUGUCAUCAUUAUAUUUGUCUAAACAAAUGUACCUUUAGUUGUACCAGGCAUUAAAAUGAACAAGAAAGCAUGGAGAAAACAAGGGUGGGCUAAUCAUUUUUUCCAUGACUGUUUAUUAAAUAUGUGAUGAAACAGCUGCACACACCAGUAAAGGCACCAGUUAGUUCGGAAACCAGUAAGGACACAACACCGGGAGGACAUACACAGCGGGGAGGAGGACAGAAUAUAUAGAGACCACUAUCAGUUCUGUUGCUCCUGUUGGACAAAGGAAAAAGUCUUCUGUUUUGCUUGUCUUAAGCUUUUUACCCCCCUUUCUCUCACCUUCUGGACGGGGCUGGGUAUCGAACUUGUGUACUUUCUAUGCCAAAUGAAAGGUAUCCAUAAUAUGGAAAACUGUCUAAUGACAAAAGUUGGCAUUAAAGUUCUGGUCAGAAUUGUAGUCCUGAUGACUUGUUCUCAAUUGAAAAUGUCCUUAAAAUAAUUUUAUUGAA